AUGUCUGUCUCAACACUUGCUUCUUUCGAGUACCUGGAGAGACUUCCAGGUACGACCUUCCGACGACUGUAUGAGCAGCCAUCAACAGCUCUCGCCAUCUUCAGGCGCAUGUUGCCGCAUUUGGCAAAGACAUUCGUUAUGGCUAUGCUGUAUAUGACUAAGCCUCUGCCACUCUCAGAUCUCGAGCUUUGGGUUCACCCAGGAAGCAAAAAAGAACGAGAUCAUGCCCUUUCCCUCCUGUCUCGACUCCACGUCGUAACCAUCUCAGCCCCGAGUCGAGAAGAUCCCCAAUCCGUCUCCCUGACGAAGAAUUUCAGUGCCUCGCUACGGCUAGCUUUGACAGGAGGAGGAGAACAUCAAUCGUUCGGUGUGCCGUCUCACAAUUCAGCUGUUGGUGGUUUGGAUACGGAGUUUCUCGAUGGCUUUGCGAGAGAGCAGUGGGAGGGCAUAUUACACUAUGUGGUCAACAGUGUUGGGGAUCGCGCAGGACAGGAUGGUCAGGGACCCCAGGCAUCUGUGAGGCAGUUGCUGGAGGCGGGAAAGCUGGUUACGGCUGGUAGGAGGGCAGGUGGAGGAAUUACACAGGCUGGAUUCUCGUUUUUGUUGCAGGAGGUUAAUGCCCAAGUUUGGACACUCCUCUUGCUGUGGAUCGAAAAUGCAGAACAUAUGGGAUUGGAGUCCGUGGACGUUCUCUCGUUCCUGUUCAUGCUUGGAUCUCUCGAAUUGAGUCGCGCUUACAGCACUUCUACACUUUCACAAUCUCAACGGCAGAUGCUGAAAUAUUUGGUCGAUUUCGGUCUGGUGUAUAUUCCGCCCUCGGCACCUACUCAAUUCUACCCUACUCGACUAGCUACCACCCUCACUUCCGAUGCCAGCGCACUUCGAAGUGUCUCUGCUGGCUUUGAAGCUGCUCUCGCAUCUGCUAGCGGCUCAAAGGGAUUCAUUAUCAUCGAAACCAACUAUCGAGUAUACGCAUAUACCGACUCUCCUCUACAGAUAGCUGUUCUAGCACUCUUCACUCGACUCGGAGUCCGCUAUCCAAACAUGGUCACAGGCCGCAUAACACGAAAGUCCGUCGCAAACGCCAUCUCACAUGGUAUCACGUCCGAUCAGAUAAUUUCCUACCUCGGCACGCACGCACAUCCACAACUAGUAAAGGCCGCUGCAGUACAUGGAAAUCCAGUGCUUCCUCCUACAGUGGUGGAUCAGAUCCGACUCUGGCAGAUUGAGAACGAGAGGAUGAAAGCCACAGCAGGUUUCCUAUUCAAGGAGUUUGACAGCAAGAAGGAGUAUGAGGCUUGUGUGAAGUAUGCGGAUGAGAAUGGCGUGUUGAUAUGGAAGAACGAUCCGAGAAUGAUCUUCUUUGUUACUAGGCACGAACAGUUGAGAGACUACAUCAAGAGUAGAAAGAGCAAGUAG